AUGGCAACCUCCCCCACAAGGGAGCAUAAAACUGAAUACGGAUGGGAGUUGGAAGCGAGGCAGCAAUCAGCUUGGGCACAUGGAUACAGAGAUAUAAUAGCAGAAAUGGAUUGUAAGGAGGUUCUGAGAGAGCUACACAACACAGCUAGCCAUGGUUUCUGUCCAAUGUUAGGAGAGAUAGCCUCAUUACUACGUCAACAAUGGAAGGUGAACUUACAAUGGGUUCCCAGGGAAUGUAAUAUGGCAGCUGAUUGUUUGGCUCAUAUGGGUGGGAUAGCUAGUUCAAUUGAUUUACACAUUCUUGAGAGACCCCCGGUGGAAGUUGAACAUUUCAUCUUGAGGGACUCGUUUUCUUACAUGUAG